UGAGGAGCUGAGGCCACACCAAAGUGUCACAUCCUCUGCCACUUCUCUUUUAGAGUAACAGUGUUAAUACAGUCAGUUCAGUUUUGCAGUGGGAGAGGACCAGGACACCCCUCCCUCCUACUGAAAUAUUACAUCAAACCAUACCAAGAUGGCCUCCUUGUCAGUAGAUCCAGUGACAGAGCCACGGAUGUACCAGCAAACGCUCCUACAAGAUGGGCUCAGUGAUCUCCUGGAUGCUAACAAGUUUGUGGACUGCGUUCUGAAGAUCAAAGACAAAGAGUUUCCUUGUCAUCGGCUAGUGCUAGCCGCUAGCAGCCCUUACUUCAAAGCCAUGUUCCUUUCAGACCUGGAAGAGAGCAAAAAGUGGGAGAUUGUCCUAAAAGACAUUGAACCUGGAGUCAUGGGAAUGAUCCUAAAGUACAUAUACACCUCGGAUAUCAACCUGACCGAGCAUAACGUCCAAGACAUUUUCAUGGCGGCGAACAUGUACCAGAUUCCAUCAAUCUUCAGCGUGUGUGUCUCGUAUCUACAGCAGAAGCUGGUUCUUAGUAACUGUCUGGCCAUCUUUAGACUGGGACUGUUGCUGGACUGUCCACGUUUGGCUAUGGAGGCUCGGGACUUCAUCUGUGACCGGUAUGCCCUCAUCAUUCGGGACCAGGACUUCCAUCAGUUGGGUCCCAGCGAGUUGGCGGCUAUCAUCACAUGUGACUCUCUGAAUGUGGAACGAGAAGAGUUGGUGUUUGAAUCUCUCAUGGACUGGGUGGAGUACGACACUGGCAAGAGAUUGAAUGACCUGCCACAACUUCUACACUGCGUACGUUUCCGACUUAUACCAACAAGUUACUUUAAAGAGAAAGUCGAGGGCCACAGAUUGAUCAGGACGAAUCAGGAGCUCAAGAAGGAGCUUCAGAUCGUCAAGGAUGCACAUAAAGGAGUGCUACACAGGGUCAAAAGGGUCAAGGAGGAAGGCGGGACAGCAGAUUCUGAGGACGAGGAUGAGGAGGGUUUGCUCCCGGGAAUCCUAAAUGACAAUCCACGUUUUGGAAUGUUUCAGUCAGACCUUUUAUUGAUGAUUAGCGAUACAGGAACGGUAGCGUAUGACGUUGGUGCAAAUGAGUGCUACGUGGCAUCUUCAUCCACCGAGAUCCCUAAGAACCAUUGCAGUCUUGUCACAAAGGAAAAUCAGAUCUUUGUUGCUGGAGGUCUGAUGUACAAUGAAGAGAACAAAGAAAAGCCAUUCAGUUCCUACUUUCUUCAGUUUGAUCCCAUGAGCUCUGGAUGGUUGGGGAUGCCCUCACUACCAGACCCUCGGUGUCUGUUCGGUCUGGCGGAGGCUGAGAACUCUAUCUAUGUGGUGGGAGGAAAAGAACUGAAGGAGGGAGAACGUGCGUUAGAUUCUGUUAUGAUCUACGACAGACAGUCAUUCAAAUGGGGAGAGUCGGACCCUCUUCCAUAUGCAGUUUAUGGACACGGAAUUGUUUCGCACAAAGGACUGGUCUAUGUGAUCGGUGGAAAAACUGAGAGCAAGAAAUGCCUGAGGAGAGUAUGUGUCUAUGAUCCCUCUAAGUUUGAAUGGAAGGAUCUGGCACCCAUGAAAACUGCCCGCUCGCUGUUUGGCACUGCUGUUCACCAAAACAAAAUCUAUGUGGUGACUGGAGUCACUGAUAAUGGCCUGACUAGCAGUGUGGAGGUCUAUGACAUCGCCAGCAACUCCUGGUCAGAGUUCGUGGAGUUUCCUCAGGAGAGAAGCUCUCUUAACCUGAUCGAACUGGGCGGCUGCUUAUAUGCUGUGGGGGGUUUUGCUAUGAUGCCCAAUGAGACCACAGAAAAACUGGAGCCCACUGAAAUGAAUGAUAUAUGGAAGUUUGAGGAGGAGGAGAACUGCUGGAAUGGGAUUCUGAGGGAGAUCCGUUAUGCUGCAGGGGCCACUGUGGUUGGAGUGACUCUGAACACCUUGAGAUUCACCAAGAUGUGAUCUACAGCUCUCAUCUAUUGACAAAAUAUCACCCACAUCUUCAUAAAAGAGCAAUACAUAUUCCAUUGAAUCAUU